AUGGUUGAGAGAAUACAUCGCCAACUGAAAGCAGCACUGCGAUGUCAUGGCGAAGCUUGGUAUGACGCACUUCCCCUGGUACUUCUAGGGUUGAGAUCCACGCGGAAAGAGGACCUUCAAACGACUCCCGCCGAGCUAACAUACGGGGAACCGAUCCGUCUACUCGGAGAAUUCCUCAUCCCAUCGAACCAACAAGCAACAGCACCGGAAUUGGUGAGAAAUCUACGCGAGCAUUUCCGCAGCAUCGCACCGACUCCCGCUGCACGUCACGGUACACGUUCAACCUUCAUCUUCAAGGAUCUAGCGACGUGUACACAUGUUUUUUUCCGCGAUGACCACGUGCGAAUGGCAUACCGAUCACCAUACAUCGGCCCAUGCCGCGUAAUCAGUCGUCAUGACAAAUACUUCGUCAUUUGGUACAAGUCCGGAGGAUUGGGUAACUACAAGAAUACACCGAUCUCCAUCGACCGACUGAGACCAGCGUACGUACUGCCGGAGGACAUGGACCAGGUCCAAGGACAGCCUCCACCGCCAGAUGUACCAGAAGAGCCUCAACAACAAUAG